ACUAAAUAAUAUUAUGCGUUAUUGAUGGAUGGGAAGGUGGGACGGCUUACACGUUGGUGGACGGUGGUUGAAUGUGCUCAUCAUCCACCGACCUCAGUGGUUCUCAAAAUCAUCUAUCUAUAAUCAAUAGUUUGCUGCAGGUUACGAUGGGAAUUCAGUGGUUAUUUUUUUGUUUACUUUGAACUUUUUGAUAAAAUUCUUAAUCUACGACACGGUUAAAUAAUAACAAAAAAAAAAAAAAAAAAUUAUAACUUAUAUAUUUAGCAUAUUUUAAAAGGUUUUUGUUUUGUUUUGUAUUUGCUUAUGUCCGUUUUUCAUUUCACCCGGGAAUAUUAUAUGUAGUAAUGCAUAUUCUUUCACUGAACGUUUCAUGACAUUUAUGCGGAAUACCGUUUGGAUUCAAAUGACCCAUCGGGCAUGGCCAGAGUCACUAGGAAUUGGGAAAUAUUCCCUGGCAGAAACCGAUUCUGUUGUGACGGCCGGCUCAUGAUGGCACCGCACGCGGCAGUGUUCUACAUCAAUGUGAUCUUGAUCAUCGGCACAAGUGUUUUGUUUUUUGUGUUCGAGUGAGUCAGCAAUCGAAAUUUUAUUAAAUUAUUUUAUAUUUUUUAUUUGUCCUGUUUGUAUCAUAAAUUAUCAUUGAUUAUCUGUAUCUAGCUGUCCAUACCUUAGCUAUCGAGUGACUCCUGUUAUUCCAAUCAUAUCUGGAGUGUUGUUUCUUUUUGUCAUUGGUUCAUUGUUCAAAACCAGUUUCACAGACCCUGGUAUAAUUCCUAGGGCGACUGCUGAUGAAGCCGCCUACAUAGAGAAACAAGUCUGUAAGUGUGAAGAAAUAAUGACAAAAUUUCAUAUGAUAUACAGUAUGUUAAUUAAGAGAUUUUUAUAAAAAUUAAAUUAUUUAAUAAAUUAGUGUAGGUAUAUAUUUUAACUAACUAUACAAAUUUCCUAGAUAAUUAUUGAAUAAUUCAUAAUUUAAUUAAGGAUUAUGUUUUAGACAUUAGUAUACCAAACAAUGGAGGGGCACCGACUACUCGACCACCACCUAGGACCAAAGAGGUAGUAAUUAAAGGUCAUUCGAUUAAGUUGAAGUAUUGUGUAACAUGCAAGAUUUUCAGACCUCCUAGAGCUUCCCAUUGUAGCUUAUGCAAUAAUUGUGUCGGUAUGUUAAUAAAAUAAGAGAAUUUCAAUCCAUAUUUUUCAAUUUUAUCUAUUUCAUCAAUGGAUAUUAGUGAUAUUAUAAAUUUGUUUACACUUACAAUUUUAUAAAAAAAUGAAUGAUUGUAAAAUGUUAUGUAUAAUAUUAAAUUCUAAAAUAUUUUAUGUUGUUAUAAUUUAGAAAACUUUGACCAUCACUGUCCAUGGGUAGGAAAUUGUGUUGGUCGUCGGAACUACAGGUUUUUCUAUAUGUUUAUUGUUUGUUUAUCAUUAUUAAUCAUCAUCGUGUUCAUCGGAGCUGUACUACAUUUAUUUUACUGUAAGUGAUUUUAAAUUUUAAUCAAAUGUAUCUAUGUACAUAUUCAUUGAUUUUACUUUCCUUCUUUUUUUAGUGUCUGAAAACAGACUAAUGGUAGAUGCUAUUUCUGAGUCCCCAACUAGUGUGAUAGUGGUAAUUAUUACUUUCUUCAGUUGUUGGAGUGUGAUCGGACUUGCUGGAUUUCAUACAUUUCUUGCUGCAUCCAAUCAAACUACUAAUGAAGAUGUCAGUAAAUAUUUUAUAUCUUUAAACAUAAUACACAUAUAUUUGAGUUUAUUUCUCUCUAAUAAAUUAUUUAAUCCAAUAAUAUAUCAUAACUAGAUAAAAGGAUCUUUUGCUAGUCGAACAGGACGGCCAAAUUCCAAUCCUUACAGUCAAGGUAACAUCUGUGCCAAUUAUUGUUAUGUAUUGUGUUCUCCUCGUCCUCCAAGUCUUUUAGGUAUUGAUAAAUGUAUACAAAUUAUGUUAUUUUAAAUUUACUAAUGUAUAAAUUAAAGACAGACGCGGUGUUGUUUUAUCAUUGAAUGAAUCUAAAACUAUGAACAAAAGCCAGAGUAGAGAUACAGUGAUAUCUAAUAAAGGGUUUGAGCCUCCUGAGUUACCUGUUAACCAAGUAAUGCAAAAUUAUUUAUUUUUAAUUUUCGAUAUAUAUUUAAUUAAUAUUAUUAAACAUUUUAUUAUAUAGAAUAUCAAACCAAACACUGAUGAUAUCCAAUUACAUCAAUAUGGUUCAUCAAGUAUGUUACAACCAUGUAGUCUUGAUCGUAAUCAACACACAUUUACAACAUCAAUGCCUAGUAUUCAUCAUUCACAAAAUAAUCAUGUGCAUCAAAAUCAUAUUAUAAAUGGUUUGUAUCAAAAGCCGCCAAAUUCCCAUUCAUCAAUUCUAAUAGCUUCUCAUUAUCCUACAGACUAUUUUUUAGUGCCCACUAACCCUAAUUAUUUUUAUGCGAGUCUUCCCUUACGUAGGGACCGUGCAGCAAUGUAUUAUUCAACCGUUUCUCGUGUACCUAGUUAUCGUUGUAGGAACAAUCAAAAACUUUACUAUAGUCAAUGCCAAGAGCAUGGGAUUACACCCAUACAUAGAAUACGCUUUGCAAAUAGUACUCGUCAAAAUAACGCCAAUUAAAAUAAUGCUCAUAUUUUUUAUUUUUGAAAAUAGCAAUGAGAAGAAUCUAAUUAAACAGUUUGUUAAUAUUUGUUUUGUUUAUUUUUUAAAUGCCUUUCACUACCAUGUAAGUUGAUUAGGAUUUAUAUUUGUUGGUAAGUGAAAUAGUUAUUGAAUAAAGUCCUAAAUUUUAAUUUGGCAUUUUAUAAAUUAAAUAAAUAACACUAUUUUACUGUGCAGGAGUGAAAUUCAACAAAAGUGUAACAUCAUUGACUAACACAUUCAACGAUAAUGGCAUCUACGAGACUAUUGAACCGGGUCGAUUAGAUCCAGAUUUAGAUUUGGAUGAUGGGUCAAAAACUAUGACUGGUGCUCCACCAUUGAGUGCUAGUCGACUACAACUACUUCAAGACACAACAAUGAUAGAGUCAGCAUUAGACUUGGAUUCGUUAGAAGAUACAUCAUCAGUUGGCACCGGAAGCCAAGUGAAAUUGGUUAAAAACAAAAACACUUUAUGACUAAACUAGAUAGAAGAAAAAUUAUGUACCUGGUAAAUUUUUAGUCAUUGAUUUAAUAUGUAAUUCCUUAAUGUCAUUGAGGCACUUAUUUCAAUAGUUUAUAUAUUUUAGUAUAAUUUAUUAUAUAGGCAAUGAGAAAAUUGUUAUUUACCACCAAUUGGCUAUCAAACCACUGUUUUUGGAUGUAUAAUUUUAUGGAAUUAAAUAAGUGCCUUUUUGAUUUAUUCGUUAUUCUACUUAAAUCUUAAUUUAACCAAUGCCUAAUAUUAUAUUCUUUUUUUUUUUUAAGGAAUUCAAUUUUAUUACAAAACACCAUGUCAUGUUUUGCACUAUACUAAUUAAGCCCUUAAAGAUUAAAUUUUUUUUUUAAUUCUAAGGAAACUUAAUUUAAAUUAUACUUUCGUUAUGUGGCAUUAUAUAAAUGUUCACAUUUGUUGUGUCUUCAGCUUUGAAUUACAGAAAUUAGCCACUGAAGAGUACUUUUUUUUUGUUGUAAUAGUCAGGGUUUAUAAAUAUACAAUUGUUAAAUUUUUAUAUAAUUUUUUUUUUUUAUUAAGAACUUUUUUUUGGGUGUUACCAUCUUCCAUAAGACUUUUAAACAUUCUAAUAGGAAAAUUAACUAUUUAUAAUUAUUUAUUUAUUUUAUUUUAUAAAAAUAAUUAGUAGGUAUACAUUUUUUUUAUUACAUAUACAUAUACAUAUUGUUAAUUAAAUGCGGUUGUGCUUUUACUUGAAUUAAUGCUUUAAUGCCUAUUUUAUGGACUUUUUUUUCAUUUUAUAAUUAAUAUAGAUUAGGUAAAACAAAUUGUAUUUUAAUUUUAUAUCCAAGCUAUUUGAUGUUUUAUUUGUUUUUAAAGGCAAAAAUAUUGUUCGAUUAUAAACUAAUUUUAACGAGGAUGUCAAAGGCACUGGUAUUUUUUUUUUUUUUACUAUGAAAAACCAGUAAUAGUGAAAAUUAGAUGUUUUUGUAAGAAUCUUAGUGAAUUAAUUGUAUGUAACAAUUUUGAAUAUUAUGUCAUUUAUAAAAAGGUAAAUAAAGAUUAUUUUUUAUACCUACUGUCCAUUAUUGUUGUUACUACAUUAGAUAACCAAUAAAAAUAUAUUAAAAUCUUGCAAUCUUGUAGUGAGUGGUGGGUAAAAAUAUAUUAUGAAAAAUAAUACAUCUGAAUAAAUAAAUUUAACAGUAAUUAUCAUAAAACAUAAAUUAAAUUUUGAAGAACCCUAGUUUAUACAAUUGAAGGUUAAAGAACAAUAAUUAUUUAUUUUACAAUAAAUUUAAAUAUAAUAUAAGGUAACCAUUAUUUAAUAUAUUAAUGAAAUACAUUUUAUAUUAAUUAAUAUUUUUUUAAAUGUUUUAUAUUGCUUGAAAAUUACUAAAAAUUAUAAAUAAUUGAAUAACUGAAUGAUUUUUAAAUUAUAAUUUCCGAACGCCAUCUUAAUGAAUAUAUUUUAUUUUUGUUUAUAAAUUUAAUAUUAUGUACAUAACUUAAUUUAAUUUCUAUUUUAAAUAAUAACGAUUAUUAUUUUUAUCAUUAUCAAAAUUGUUUAAAAAUGUACACAGUUUACCAUUGUUUUAUAUUUUGUUAAUAUUGAUGUGUGCUCAGAAACAAUUUAAAAACAAUUUAAUUAUGAUUUUUUAUUUCAUUUUAUUCAGUUGUUGCAAACACAUUUCUUUCAAAAUCAAUAUUGUAUCCCAAUAAUACUCUUCCGACGAUGUAGUUAAAAAUACAACAAAAUGCAAUUAUCCAGAAUAAAUAAAUAAAUAAUAUACAGAAUAAACAUAGUCUUUAACGACUGGUUUCUGGAAUGCACAAUAAGCACGUGUUCACAUGGAUAAAUUACACACAGCAUAUUAAGUUGAUUAUAAUUCUGUGUGUGUGUCACCAUUUUUCUCAUCU